AUGUCCGAACUACUUGGAAGCCGAGAAUUGAAGCCAGUCUCCGAGUGUCAUCACUCUCCACAAUGCCAUCUAUGCGAGCCGAACCCAUAUAUACUUACCUCUGUUAUCGAGAACGAGCGUGCUCGCCGGUUAGCAGCGCAACAGUUUGCGAAGAUGGAGACAGAGUUCGACAACUUAUCAGAGAAUGCACCUGCGUACGACGACGGUGGCUCGCUAAUGAUAGACUUCCUUGACAGGUUUUUUCUGGCAUUGGAGGAGGAGAUCAAGUUGGUUACAAAGUUAUCAAAUGUUCUAAAAGAACGCACUGAAAACCCCGAAAUCUAUAUCGCUAUAGGAAGACUCUCCGAAAUUGAGUUCAACCGAGCUUAUACUUCUUUAAAGCAGAAUCCCAACCGCCAGUUACGAAGAGAGCUAGCCCAGAACUCUCAGGAUUGCGAUAACUGCUUUUGCUCUUCUGGGCGGUUACUUGGGUCCUUAAAGGUGGAUCAUAUAAAUAACAAACCUGGCCAAAGCCCCCCAUCCUAUGAUAUAGCGGCUAGUGUUCGGAAAGCGAGUGAUAGUGCUCCCGCAAAGCCGCAUCGGAGUUUUUGGAAGAAAUUUUGGAGAUGUUGA